AAUGUCCUACUUGCUGGCUUGAUUCAAUGAACGUGGCUGAUUCUCAUAUGACCAAAACUUUGAAAAUGGUAUCUAUCCAAAAGAUUCCAACUCAGAAGCUGACACAAACUCACUUCUAUUUAUCUCUUUCUCUCUCUCAAUUGGAUGUUACUUUUGUAAUACCAAUUUUUGUGCGUUAUCUAAUAAUUUCAAUGGCUUCUCAUCUUACUCUUCUUCUUCUUCUUCAUGCUCCUCCUCCUCCUCCUCCUCUUUCAAUUCCCACAAAAACCUUUCAUUCCAAAUAUAUUACCAUAAAACCACUCAAACCCACUUCAACUUUUCCUUCAUCUUCUCCUUUCUUUCAAUGUUCCUCAAAAACAACACAUAGAGGAUCUUGUUCAUCAUUCAUUGCUUAUUCAUCAUCAAAUGGUAGAAGCUCUAAUGAUUCAGUGGAUGAUGAUGCUGGUGCUAAGAGCGUGGAGCAACUUGUUGAACAGAAAAGACGAGCUGAAUUGUCUGCUAGAAUUGCCUCAGGUGAAUUCACUGUCAAACAGGAAUCUGGUUUACCUUCAAUAUUAAAGAAGAGCUUGUCAAAUUUGGGAGUGCCCAAUGAGAUUCUGGAAUUUUUAUUUGGCUUGUAUCCCAAAAUUCCUGAGGCAAAAGGGUCAAUUAGUGCCAUUCGAAGUGAGGCCUUUUUUAUUCCAUUGUAUGAACUUUACAUCACAUAUGGUGGCAUUUUCAGAUUGAAUUUUGGACCAAAGUCGUUUUUGAUAGUAUCGGAUCCGGCUAUUGCAAAACACAUAUUGAAAGACAAUGCAAAGGGUUAUUCUAAGGGCAUCUUGGCUGAGAUCCUUGAUUUUGUAAUGGGGAAAGGACUUAUCCCAGCUGAUGGGGAAAUAUGGAAAGUUAGACGGCGUACUAUAGUCCCAGCAUUGCAUCUGAAGUUUGUAGCAGCUAUGAUUGGCCUUUUUGGACAAGCUACAGAUAAGCUCUGCAAGAAGCUAGACGCAGCUGCAUCUGACGGAGAAGAUGUUGAGAUGGAGUCACUUUUCUCUCGAUUGACGUUGGAUAUCAUUGGCAAAGCAGUGUUCAAUUAUGAUUUUGAUAGUUUAUCAAAUGACACUGGUAUAAUUGAGGCUGUUUAUACCGUACUGAGAGAAGCAGAAGAUCGAAGUGUUUCUCCAAUUCCAGUCUGGGAUCUCCCAAUAUGGAAAGACAUAUCCCCGCGUCAAAGGAAGGUUACUGCAGCUCUGAAACUUGUCAACGAUACACUUAACAAUCUCAUAGCAAUAUGCAAGAGAAUGGUGGAUGAAGAAGAGUUACAGUUUCAUGAGGAGUACAUGAAUGAACAAGAUCCAAGUAUUCUGCACUUCUUGUUGGCGUCAGGAGAUGAUGUUACAAGUAAACAACUUCGUGAUGACUUAAUGACAAUGCUAAUUGCUGGACAUGAAACAUCAGCCGCUGUUUUAACUUGGACCUUUUUUCUUCUUUCAAAGGAGCCAAGUGUCAUGUCCAAGCUCCAAGAAGAGGUUGACUCUGUACUUGGUGAUCGGUUUCCAACUAUUGAUGACAUGAAAAAACUCAAAUAUACAACUCGAGUGAUCAACGAGUCAUUGAGGCUUUACCCUCAACCACCUGUGUUAAUCCGUCGCUCUCUUGACAAUGAUGUUCUUGGAGAGUAUCCUAUAAAAAGAGGAGAAGAUAUCUUCAUAUCUGUCUGGAACCUGCAUCGCAGUCCAACACUGUGGGAUGGUGCUGAUAAGUUUGAUCCUGAAAGAUGGCCGUUAGAUGGACCUAACCCUAAUGAGACGAAUCAAAACUUCAAGUAUCUUCCAUUUGGUGGAGGACCGCGAAAAUGUAUAGGGGAUAUGUUUGCUUCAUAUGAGACUAUAGUAGCCCUUGCAAUGCUUGUUAGACGGUUCAACUUUCAAAUGGCAAUUGGAGCUCCACCAGUUGUGAUGACUACUGGAGCCACAAUUCAUACAACACAAGGUUUGAACAUGACCGUAACACGCAGAACAAAACCUCCUAUUGUGCCCUCGUUACAGAUGUCAACAUUGGAAGUGGAUCCAUCCAUAAGCAUUUCUGAUAAAGAGGAAAUUGGUCAGAAAGACCAAGUUUAUCAGGCUCAAAACUCCUGAUUUCUGAUAAAGAGGGUAAAACAAAAAAAUAGAUGUAUGUAGAGUUAUUUUCUAUCUUCCAAGUGAAUUCAUUAUUUAGUAAGGUGAGGGAGCUUUAUGUACCCAUUCUUUUCUCAAGAGGAAGAGAGUAAAAUUUCAAAUCCUUCACAUCUUCACAAUUCUUAGUAAAUAGAGUACAAUUCACAAUUAUAUAUAUAAGUUCAUGAUUAGUAAAUCAAGCAUAUAGAAAAGGCUACACAAAAAAUGUAAUGCUCUGUCUGCAAAUAAUUUCUUAUUGAAAAUAAUAUAUAGUCUUUGUGUUGAA